GCACUGUGUUUCAAGGCCUCUUGGAUUAUAAACGUUCUGCACACGGGUUUCGGCUUCCCUGAGGACUACGACGACCUACAGCCGGUAGAACGUCUCAAGGACAUCGAGGUUCAGUGGAGUUUGGGAGCCCUCAUCUACUACAUGACUCAGUACGUGCACUUUUUUGUCCCUCUUGGUCUGUGCUACUUAUAUGUGUGUUUCUUCUCCUCGGUAUCCACAGGGCACAUCCUGUGGACGUCACAGCGUUAA